CCUUCCAGCAAAACUGACAGCGCUGAUAAAGAGGAAAAUGUCAGCCGCACACCUCAAGAGCCAGACACCAUAUGGGAUACAGGAAACAAGCAAUGGGAUGCAUUUAAGCAAAAGGUGAAAGAAAUUGGUUCGACUAUCAAAAGACAGACCUCAAAAAUUAACCAAGAUAUAAACGGAUUUGUUCUUACUCCGACAAAAAGAAGUGAAAACAAAGAAAACAUGCAACCAGAGUUGGCAACUAGCAAACUAACCGCACAUAAAUCGCCUUCUUUUGCAGAAUGCAAAUCAACAGACCCGCAAGCUCUGGUCAAGUUUCUGGCUCGUCAUAUGAACUCACAUUGGUUCGUGCGCCAGUUGCACAGAUACAAACUGGGAAAGAGCAGCUCCGACGCCAGUCGUGUUUUCCAAACUACCCCCCAUAAAGCGAGCCGAGUCCAUGAAACUCAUGAGGCGCAAGUCGCAGCCGUCCUUCAUGGUCGAAAAACUAAAGACUGCUGAAGUUAAAGAG